AUGGCUGGAGCACAAAGCGACUUCCCCAUUGAUCUCAAGAAGUUCAAGUCGUUGACGCUCGAUCCGUCCGUACCGACUUUGACGGCAGAGCAGAAGGCAGAUUUGCAGGCAAACAUCACGCUAUUGAGGGAUGCGAUUGUGUUGUUCACUGCUACAGGGGCUGCCAGGGGCGUUAGCGGACACACGGGCGGCGCUUUUGAUACCGUUCCCGAAGUCUGUAUCCUGUUGGCCUUGUUCAACUUCUCAGAUAAAUUCUACCCCACCGUUUUCGAUGAAGCUGGACAUCGUGUCGCGACGCAGUACAUCCUUGCCGCGCUAGAUGGAUCGCUUCCAGCGGAACACCUCCUCCACUAUCGCGAAGCUAACUCUAAACUCCCCGGCCACCCGGAACUCGGCUUAACUCCGGGCGUCAAGUUCUCCUCUGGGCGUCUUGGACAUAUGUGGCCCAUGGUCAACGGUGUUGCCCUUGCACACAAGGACAAGACCGUAUUCUGCUUGGGAUCGGACGGCUCGCAGCAAGAGGGUAACGACGCUGAGGCUGCUCGCCUCGCAGUCGCACAGAAGCUCAAUGUCAAGCUGCUCAUCGACGAUAACGACGUGACUAUCGCGGGCCAUCCGUCGGAGUACCUCAAAGGCUACGACGUCUCAAAGACACUCGCUGGACACGGCCUGAAAGUCAUCACCGUCGAAGGCGAAGACAUCGACUCACUCUGGGGAGGUAUCGCUGAAAUACUCAGCCAUGACGGCCCAGCAGCUGUUAUCUCCAAGCGUCUCAUGGCUCCAGGAAUCGCCGACAUCCAGGGCAGCUCCCAUGGCCACGACGUCAUCCCAGUCAAGUCUGCUAUCAGCUACCUCGCCAGCCGUGGCUACCCAGACUCCAUGGCUGGAGGUAUCCUCAACAACAUCAAAGCCACCCCAUCACCCAUCAUUUACACCGGCUCUACAAAGGAAGUAGGCGCGAACCGUGUGGUAUUCGGUGAAGCCGUCAACUUGGUGCUCGAUAAGCUGGGGAAAGAGGAGGCCGCGAAGAAGGUCAUGGUCAUUGACACCGAUCUUGAAGGUUCCACCGGGUUGAAGGUGAUUCACCAGAAACACCCAGAGGUUUUCGUUCCUUCUGGGAUCAUGGAACGCGGAAACUUCUCCGCCGCCGCCGGCUUCGGCUUCGACGCAGACAAAUUCGGCGUGUUCUCGACAUUCUCUGCUUUCCUGGAGAUGGUCAUUUCCGAGGUUACCAUGGCACGGCUGAACAACUGCAAUGUCCUCUCGCAUUUCUCACAUUCCGGUGUUGAUGAGAUGGCGGACAACACCUGCCACUUCGGGAUCAACUCCUUCUUCGCCGACAAUGGUCUCUCCGAUGUCCAAUCGUGGCUAUAUUUCCCCGCUGACGCCAGCCAAAUGAUCGCGGUUAUCCAGCGCGUCUUCUUUGAGCGCGGAAUCCGCUUCGUGUUCUCCACCCGUUCCAAAGUCCCUUGGAUCCUCAAGGAAGACGGCACGCGUUUCUUCGAAGGGAAUUACCAGUUCGUUCCGGGUAAGGACGAGGUCAUCGCAGAAGGCACCGCUGGAUACGUGGUGUCGUUCGGAGAGAUGUUGUAUAGGAGUUGGGACGCGGUUCUGCGGUGCAGGAAGGAGGGCUUGGACGUUGGGUUGAUCAACAAGCCCACCUUGAACAUCGUGGAUGAGGAGAUCAUCAAGAAGGUUGGGAGUUCACCUUUCGUCCUUAUCGUCGAAUCGUUCAACCAAAAUACUGGUCUCGGUUCUAAAUACGGUACUUGGCUGCUGGAACGCCAAUUGACUCCAAAAUACAAGUAUAUGGGUACCACGAAGGAGGGCUGUGGAGGUCUUUGGGAGCAAAUUCCUCAUCAAGGCCUUGAUCCUGAGUCUAUCCGCCGUGAAAUCAAGAAACUCGCAGUGAACUGA